AUGUCCCCGGCGAAGUGCGGCCUGAAGUCCUGGAUCUCUGUCCCGACGUUCUCCUUCACCACGGCCACCAGUGGGAUCCCGAGCUCGUCCAGCUGGGGCUUCAGAGAGGACAGCUCAGCGGCCUCCUGCGGUCAGACGGAGGGGCACCGGCCGCCUACCUUCAACGGUGGAGCGCAGGUCCGCGUCUCCCAGGUACUCCAGAGACGCGCUGGCGCCUUUGGGGAGACACAGAUCAGUGUUGGCCAGGAGGAUUCCGGCCACGGCCGCUCCCACGGCCCCCAGACCCAGAGACCACAUCCCCAUCUGGAUCAGUUCCCCUUCCAGUCCGGACCCGGACGACACUGCGGCACACAUGACUCACGAGAACUCAGAUCUUCUUUGGGGCAAAACAACAACAAGACCAAGCGAGCCCCCUCUGAACAUGAG